AUGAGGCUAGAGGCCGCGGCCAGCAUGGAAGUGUUCAGGAAGCUGUGGAAGGCGCGGAAGCUGAUCCUCGUGGUGUUCAUCCCGCUGUCACUGCUUCCCUUACCGCUCAUCCACCCCACCAGCGAGGCAUGCUGUGCGUACGUGCUGAUGGUGACCGCAGUCUACUGGGUGUCUGAGGCUGUUCCCCUGGGUGCUGCUGCUCUGGUACCAGCCUUCCUCUAUCCGCUCUUUGGGGUACUCAAGUCCAGCGAGGUGGCAGCGGAGUACUGCAAAGACACCACUUUGCUGCUGAUGGGAGUCAUCUGCCUGGCCGCCUCUAUUGAGAAGUGGAACCUGCACAAACGCAUCGCUCUGCGCAUGGUGAUGAUUGCAGGGGCCAAGCCUGGCAUGUUGGUGCUGGGCUUCAUGUGCUGCACAGUGUUUCUGUCCAUGUGGCUCAGCAACACGUCCACCACAGCCAUGGUGAUGCCCAUCGCCGAGGCCGUCCUGCAGCAGCUGAUCUGCACCGGUCUGGCCGACGGCCACAUGGACUCUGAAACCGCUGAGGCCCCCGAGGACGACAGCGCUGUUUCAGACAAAGAAGAGAACUUUGACAAAAACCAGCUGGAGCUACUCUAUCGCAACAACAGCGACUGCACUAAACAGGAGCUCUGCACACUCAGCGAGGUGCAGAUCGGGGAGGCCAAUGGUUUGGGUCUCAUCAGGCACACCAAUGGACACCUGCCGCAGGUUGCGAUCGAAAUCCCGAAUGUGAAGCGGGUGAAGAUGAGGAGGGACUCCCAGUAUCCCACCAAGAGGGAUCACAUGAUCUGUAAAUGCCUGUCGCUCAGCAUCACCUACGCCGCGACGAUCGGCGGCCUCAUCACCAUCACCGGCACGUCGACCAACCUCAUCUUCGCUGAGCAGUUUAACACUCGUUACCCGGACGCGAAGGUCAUCAACUUUGGCACGUGGUUCAUCUUCAGCUUCCCCAUCGCCAUCAUCAUGCUGAUCCUCACCUGGCUGUGGCUGCACUGCCUCUUCCUCGGCUGCAACUUCAGGGAAACGUGCUCGUGGAGUAAGAAACGCAAAACCAGGAGAGAGAUUCUGUCGGAGAGGAGGAUCCAGGAGGAGUACACCAAACUGGGACCCAUCAGCUACCCAGAGGUGGUGACCGGUAUCUUCUUCAUCCUGAUGACUCUGCUGUGGUUCACCAGAGAUCCUGGUUUCGUGCCCGGCUGGACAUCUUUUUUUGAGAAGAAAGGCUACAGGACCGAUGCCACUGUGUCUGUCCUUCUGGGCUUCCUGCUCUUCCUCAUCCCUGCAAGGCGACCCUUCUCCUCCUCCUCCUCCUCCAGCUAUAGGAACACAGCACCCAACGACAACUCAGACUCCGACCCGCUGGCUCCCAUGAUCACCUGGAAGGACUUCCAGAGGCUGAUGCCGUGGGAGAUCGUCAUCCUGGUGGGCGGCGGCUAUGCCCUGGCUGCUGGUUGCAAGGUGUCCGGCCUGUCGGUGUGGAUCGGCAGACAGCUGGAGCCCAUGAGCGGUCUUCCUCCGUGGGCCGUCACCCUGCUGGCCUGCCUGCUGGUGUCGGCGGUCACAGAGUUUGCCUCCAACCCGGCAACUCUCACCGUCUUCCUGCCCAUCCUGUCAGCACUGUCAGAGACUCUGCGCAUCAACCCGCUCCACACUUUGAUCCCGGCCACCAUGUGCGUGUCAUUUGGGGUCAUGCUUCCAGUGGGGAACCCCCCCAACGCCAUCGUCUUCAGUUAUGGCCACGUGAAGAUCAGCGACAUGGUGAAAGCCGGCUUCGGGGUGAACCUGAUCGGCGUGGCGGUGGUGAUGUUGGCCAUCACCACGUGGGGGGUUCCCCUCUUCAACCUGAAUGAGUUCCCGGCCUGGGCGGUGGCCAGAAACGUCACCGGGAGCUUAUAA